CGGCGGCGGCGGCAUCAGGGACGGCUGCUGCAGGCUCGGGAUCGCCAGGCCUGCGCGUGGGUUUUCGAGGGAGCUCUCUGCGCUGGGCGCUGGGGAGCUACGGCCGCGAAGGGGAGGGGGAGGAGAGGAACGCACGGAAGCCAAACGGGCGAAGGUAGCAAAGCUCCGUCAGUCCGCAGAGAAGCGGAGGAGGGUCGGCAGAGUGAAGGGAGCGGGCGCCUGCUCGCUGGGUGCCCUAUCACCCUACUGCAGUGCCUUCCAGCAAAAGCCACCGCGGCCCGGGCUGCAGCGGCCAGACGGAUGCCAAGGCCACACGGCAGGCGCGGGGACAGCCGUUGCAGUCGCCAUCCCACGCGGGCUCCGGACAUCAGGGGCUGGUGGAAAACCUGAACUCUGACCCAGUGGGGAGAAGAAAGGCUGCUUUUGGCCAAUUAGAAAUGAGACUACAGCAUGUGGCAUGAGGUGCCCUGGCCUCUCUCAUCUGCCGCCCCUGCUUAUCCAGUUCCCUGCAGCACUCAGCCUGAAAGGAGUACCAGUGAGAAAACGACACGUUUGGGCGAUGGUCUCACUGGCUGUCCUGUGUUCCCGGUCUCUCAGGAGACUGUUUCCUGCCUGAUGAAGUGAUUGAGAAGAAACAAUAAACACCAUCAUUUUGUAGACAGGACAACAUGGAUCCGCCGUUAACGGUGAAUUCCCUGAAAAAGUUAGCUGCGAUGCCGGACCACAGGGAUGUUUCCCUCAGCCCGGAAGAGCGAGUCCGCGCCCUAAGCAAGCUGGGCUGUAAUAUCACCAUCAAUGAAGAUAUCACUCCACGCCGCUACUUUAGAUCCGGAAUAGAAAUGGAGAGGAUGGCGUCCGUGUAUUUGGAAGAAGGAAACUUGGAAAAUGCCUUUGUUCUUUAUAAUAAAUUUAUAACUUUGUUUGUAGAAAAGCUUCCUAACCAUCGAGAUUACCAGCAAUGUGCAGUACCCGAAAAGCAGGAUAUUAUGAAGAAACUGAAGGAGAUUGCAUUCCCAAGGACAGAUGAAUUGAAAAAGGACCUUUUAAAGAAAUAUAACGUAGAAUACCAAGAAUAUUUGCAAAGCGAAAACAAAUAUAAAGCUGAAAUUCUCAAAAAACUGGAGCAUCAGAGAUUGAUAGAGGCAGAAAGGAAGCGGAUCGCUCAGAUGCGCCAGCAGCAGCUAGAAUCGGAGCAGUUCUUGUUUUUCGAAGAUCAGCUCAAGAAGCAAGAAUUAGCCCGGAGUCAGAUGCGAAGCCAGGAACCUCCAGCACAGUCAGAGCAGAUUGAUGGGAGUGCUUUGUCCUGCUUUUCCACACACCAGAACAAUUCCUUGCUGAAUGUAUUUGCAGAUCAGCCAAAUAAAAGUGAUGCAACCAAUUACGCUGGCCACUCACCUCCCGUAAACAGGGCCUUAAAGCCAGCUGCAACUCUAAGUGCUGUUCAGAAUUUAGUGGUUGAAGGACUGAGAUACGUCGUUUUAUCAAGAGAUCUUUGCCACAGAUUUCUGCUCCUGGCAGAAUCUAAUACAGUGAGAGGAAUCGAAACCUGUGGAAUACUCUGUGGGAAACUGACGCAUAAUGAAUUUACUAUUACCCACUUAAUCGUGCCAAAACAGUCUGCGGGACCAGACUAUUGCGACGUGGAGAAUGUAGAAGAAUUAUUCAGUGUUCAGGAUCAACACAAUCUCCUCACUCUGGGAUGGAUCCAUACACAUCCAACCCAAACUGCGUUCUUAUCCAGUGUUGAUCUCCACACUCACUGUUCUUAUCAGCUCAUGUUGCCAGAGGCCAUUGCCAUUGUCUGUUCACCGAAGCAUAAAGACACUGGCAUCUUCAGGCUCACCAAUGCUGGCAUGCUUGAGGUUUCCGCUUGUAAAAAGAAGGGCUUUCAUCCACACACCAAGGACCCCAGGCUGUUCAGUAUAUGCAAACAUGUGUUGGUAAAAGACAUAAAAAUAAUCGUACUGGAUCUGAGGUGAUAUGUUCCGAAGAUUAGCACCGUCCACUCCAGACACUUACCCAUGGACCUGUGGUUGCUGGAUUUUCUUAAGAUGUUUCCAGAAAUGACUGACAUUUUAUAUUUAUACAUUUUAGAUCAGAAAGUUUGAUAUUUAUUACUUUUGCAUAUUUUGAAGCUUUCUUUUUGGGUUGCUUUGUCUCAAGAGAUGUUACAAUGGAGUUAAAUCAAUACCUAUUAAUGUGCCCAAAUACUAUGACCAGAUAAUAAAUU